AUGCCCAAAUUAGGAAGUUGGACCUUGUAUACUUAUGACCUUUCUUUCGCGGGAAAUUCGCAUCUUACGAGAAUUAUUAAGAUGGAUGCCACAAAAUAUUCAAAUCUGGUUCAUUAUUUGAGAGAUAAAGAGUAUCCAGAGGGCGCAAGCAAGCGUGAAAAAGGAGUGUUACGGAGACUUUCGAAACAGUUCACGUUUGAUGUACAAUCAGGCUCGCUUUUCUACGUCGACCGUGGUAACGAUGGAUUAACCUUUAACCGCAUGGUCAUUCAAGAGGAGGAAAAGACAAGAGUUUUCGACGAGUGUCACUCUUCACCUUUGCGGGCCACGCUGGGCGGGACAACACCAUACAAAAAAUUAAGGAGCGCUACUACUGGCCCUCUUACUACAAGGAUACUGUUGAAUUGGUAAGUUUAAUAAAAUGUAUAGACGUAGAGGCAUUGGUGUUGAAUAACAUUUGAUACCAUCACGGUCUGUCACAAUUCAUGCAUCUUAACACUAGCGUUUCAGUGGCAAUUAUUUAAAAAAGAGGCCUGAAAAGUCGCGGUUUUGCAAAAAGCGGGCUCAAGUAAAGAGCAUGAUUCUUUCAGCGAGAUCAGCCAUGUGAAAUAGUCAGUCAAAUUUGUGAAUUCUGUAGUUCCCAGUACUUGUGAGACACAGCCAUAUAAUAAAAGGCAUUUAACAACAAUAAUGGUAAAAUAUUUAUAAAACAAUGAAUUUUCUUUACUUCCAAUAGAUGUUGUAAUAAAAGAAUCAUAGGCUUCUCUAUGUUCUCUCAAUGCUUCUCUAAGUGUGGCCUUCUCUUACACAAACAGA